CACAUACUAGAAGAAAGUUAGGAAAGUUGGUAGGGGUAUUUUGCACGUAGCUUCUAGGAAAAGACGAAUUCGAAGUCAAUUAGCUUGAUGGGAUGGAGUCAAUGUCUUGAUUAACCAAAACUACAGUGAGAGAGAGAGAGUGGUUGUUGAUGGCAAGGAUGUGUUAUUAUUCCUGGUGCUGUGGUAUCUUCUUCUACCGCAAGUUGAUUCCAAAUGCCCCUAAAUCCUACACUUGCAGAAACUUCACCUUACGUACGGUUUCUCACGUAAUCCCAAAUGCGGAUUUUGGCAGUGGGCGGUUGUGAUUCAAGAAAAACAUCCAAGAUUAUACAUAGAAGCCUCAACCUCAAACGUAUAUAUUCCUAACUAGACAUCAGAAAACAAUUUCUUUCUCCUUGAUUUCCAACAUUAUUAGAGUACUCCCAUUCUUUCAUGAGUGUCUCUGCCUCAGUCUCCCCUUAACAUCAUCUUUUUCACAUGAUUCAGUAAAGCUACGACCGAAAAAAACCAAGAUUAUUUCUAAAACUAAAUGCUCCACUUUGUUCAAGCACAGGGACAGAAGAGCAGUGUGUAGUAAAUCCUUAUCCUUACCAUUCUUGAUGCUCAACCAAUUUAUACUCUCACUCCUUGCCUUUAACUUUCAACUCUGAUUUAUGAGCAUUGGUGUUAAUGAUCUGCUGUUUUCGUGGCUCGGAUAUUCAUCAGUGAAGCCUAAGCCCUCUCUUCCCAUUCAUCCAACCCUGGAGCUUCCAAGAUUUUUUAUUAUGUGAAACAAACUCCAACUGGAAAAUAAAUUGAUGGUGAUCGUUCUCGUUCCCUUUCGUAUUCACAUCAGCUAAUACAAGACAAGAAAUGGGUGUCAACUCAAGUGUAAAAGAGGAAACUUAUAUCUAAUCUAUAUUAGAAAGAAGACCAAGUCUAGCGUGAUAGAUGGAGCCAAUGACUUAAUGGAUUCAACAUAUCAAUAUUUAACACAGACCAACACAACUAAUACAACCUUGUUCUUCUAAUACUCAAAACUCAUUCCAAAUGCCCAAAAUCCUACCCCUCUAGAAACGAUCAACUCAGCUGAUCUAUUGACUGCAGAUUUCACUCUAGAGUCGAAUGUUUCGAAUUUCCUCUACAAUAGAGGAGGCCACAAAAUAUAACUUUUGUUAGUAAUUGCUUAUAGUAGUAUUAAAUUUAAAAACAACACCAGGCUUGAAGUUAGGAAAAUCAAUAAACCAAUAGUAGUUAAAUCUGGGGCAUAUUUAACAUCCAAGUUUUCCGCAAAAAGACAUUCCAAGUCAAUGUUCCGUGUCUGACUGAAUCAACGAAUUGAUCAAAUGAAAAUUCCACUAUAACUUAUCGAUUCUCAUAUAGUUUUAUUCUACCAUCAAUUCUUCUUCUACCAAAUGCCUAGAUUCCUUCCCGGUGUGGAGAUCGAAAAACCCCAAUUGCGGCUUGUUCAAAGUUGAACAUUGCAAUGAUUCCGGAAAUAUACUCUUGGGCCCUCAUCUUACAUCACAUUCCUUUAAUCUUUCACGAAUCCCCUUCUGUCUCAUUUUCAAUCCCCUCAAAUCUAACCUUGUCCACUUCCUCCAAUCUAUCUCAUGAUCGAAAUACCCAAGAUUAUUUCAAGAAUUAUCUCAGAUUCUGAUGCGGGCCUAAAUCACCCAAUAAAAGAAUUGCUGCAAAUUGUGGGGGUGAUUCAACUACCUAUACAUUCUAGUAAAGGAGAUGACAAUCAAUCUUUCGAUCUAGUUAUGUUUCCGAAGCUUGUUUAAAUGUUUCCAUCAGUGGCUUCACAACAGCAGGAAUUAAUGAAUUCAUCUGUAUAAGAGGUACUGUUGUUUUUUUCUUAGGAGAAAACCAAUCCCACGAUUGGUAUAUUAUUUGCACAAAUAAUUUUAUGAUAGUAGUAGAUAAUUUAGUUAGAGUAUGUGUUAAUUAUAUGAAUUUGCAGAGUAAGUAGAGGUUUUCUAAGGUGCAAAUUUCAGUCAAUCAUGAUAACGUAAAUUGAAAUUUGGACAUAUUCUACGUAAACUAAAACUUUUUCCUUGACCAUUUGAACGUAUUAGCACAAAAAUAAAAACAUUUACAGAUAAACCAAUUGCUAAGCAAGUAGUACUAUUUAGUACUCCAUCCGUCCCAUAAAAAUAUGUGCAUAUAAUAUAACACGGAAAUUAAGACAAAAUUGGUAAAGUAAGAGAGAUGAAGAGAUGAGUAUUUAAAGUAGUGGUAGUGGAUAGAGAGACCUCUAUUAUUAUUAGUGAUUUAAUGGUAGUAUGAGUUGUAAAUAACUCGAUGUAUAUGAGUAAUAAAUUUGGAUAAAUUUCUGUAAAUGGAAAUGCCCAUAAUUUUAUGGGACAUACGAAAAAGGAAGUGCGCAUAUUUUUGUGGGACGGGAGUAUUAAGUACUUCGCUUGUAUAUUCCGAACUUUCGUAAAAUUUGGUGUUAGCAUAUAAAGUUUUAAAUAUUUAGUCAAAUUAUAACUAUUGAUUUAUUUUGAUUUUGCAAUUAAUUAAGAUUUCAGUGCUGAUAUAGUUUAGCGACUUUUUUACUUGACAGUAUUAGACGUAAAUCAAAACUACAUCACAUUAUAUGCAACAAAACAACAACAUUAAUUAUACUACUCCUUAGUCCUUUCUUCCACAAAAAAUAGUCUCAUUUGUGGACAACACAAGUUAUAGAAAAUGAGAAAAAAUAGGUAAAGUAAGAGAGAUAUGAAGAAAUAGUAGAUAAAGUAUGAAAGAGAAACUUUUAUUUUUAGAAACACGACUAUUUUUUGUGGACAUCCCAAAAUGAACGGUGCUAGUAUUAAAUGAAAUAACUUUAUUUGUUGAAUUAUGAUUUAUAUUAAAAAAAAAAAGAGGUGGAAGAACGGUGACGAAGUGAAAAGGAAAGGAGCAUGUUCGCGCUAGGAUGUGGGCCGUUAGGGUUGGGUUUCAACUUUUGCAAGAAAAGGAAAUAUGGAAUGGAGCAUGUGCAAAAAAUCUUUAUUGAUGGAAAAAUUAAAAAACAAAGUAAUAAUUUAUAGACAACUUUUACGCUAAAUUAGAAUUUACAUACAAAUGCCUCUAUUUUCUUGGUAGACUUUUUUUUUUAUAUUUAAUUUUCUAUUUUCUUGGUAUAUAUAUUUAGGGAAGGUUUACUUGAAAUUGACGUGCAAAUCUCUAUAAGCGGCGCCAAUACACCCUGGCUAGUCAACUAUAUAGUGCGGAGAGUAAGAUUUAGGAAACUUCUCACCAAGACUAUUUCAACAACCACUAUUUGAAUAAAGAAUAAAUGACUUUUGUUAGAAUUUAAAAAAGUCUCCUACAAAAUUUCUUCGCCGUGUUUGAUCAGAACAACCGAGAAAAUUGAAUUGUCAUAAUCAAAAGUAGAUCAGAACAAAACCUGUUUCGAUUUCUCUCACAAAAUUAACUUUCAUUUCUCUUACAUGGCUGUCCUCACGUUGCUGCUUUUCUUGCUCCCUUUCCAUCUUCAUCUCUUCAAAGCUGCUGAUUCCACAUGCCCAAAAUCCUUCGACUGUGGAAAGUACAAUCUCACGUUCCCAUUUACAGAAGCUGAAAAUCCCGGCUGCGGAUUGAUCACCGUUGAUGGCUGUAAUUCCGAUCCUCCAAAUCCGGUGACUAAAUUAGGUGGUGGAAAUCCUGCUGGUUUUGCUAUUUUAGAUUAUUACUCAUCAGAGCCAAACAAAAUGGUUAUUAGUGAUAAUCAGCUUGAAGUUCAAUUGUAUAACCGCAGCUGCUUUGCCUUUGUAAACCAAUCCAUGCUUCGAUCGCCUUCUAUAUCGUUCUCAUUCUCUCCUAAUCUCACCCUCUUCCCCUGCUUAACUGAACCUGCUGAUAGAUCUAAAUUUGAUGAUGAUUUCGUAAACUAUAGCAAGAUAGAUUGUCUCUACUCCGUGUACUAUAAAAUUCCAGAAUCCAAAGAGAAAACUGUUGCUCCGAAAGAUUGUUCAUUAGUACAGCUACCUAUGAAUUCCAGUGGAAAGUCGGAUGAUUUGUUCAGCAUGAUAGCUGCUAAUUUUACUCUACAAUGGAUUGUUUCUGAUGAAUGCCUUAGUUGUUUUAAUGGGGGAGGCCAGUGUCUUACCGUCAACAAUAACAGUUUCUACUGCAAAGGAUCAGCAGGCAAUCAGUUGAAGAAGAUAUUGUUAGCUACAUUGAUACCUGGAUUUGCUAUCUUGGUAGCCUGCAUUAUAUUUAUAAUUUGGCGACGAAAGAAAAAGAUGAGCGAAGCCUACCUUCUUUCAAGAAACCUAUCUUAUGAUCCCUCCUCGAAAUCGAACAUCGAAGAUGGAAGCUUCAGCUUCGACAUUCCCAUCUUCUCCUACACCGAGCUCGUUGAGGCUGCCGACAACUUCGACCCUUCCAACGAACUUGGCGACGGAGGCUUUGGCACCGUCUAUUAUGGCAAACUCCGCGACGGUCGGGAAGUGGCAAUCAAGCGCCUAUACGAGAACAACUACAGACGAGAGGAGCAAUUCCUGAACGAGAUCAAGAUCCUCACCAAUCUCCGCCACCCCAACCUCGUAUCCCUCUACGGAUGCACCUCGCGUCGCAGCCGCAACCUCCUCCUCGUAUACGAGUACAUCCCCAACGGCACCGUGGCCGAGCACCUCCACGGUGAGCGUGCCAGCUCAGUGCCCUUAACAUGGCCCAUGCGGAUGAGCAUUGCUCGAGAGACGGCCAGCGCACUCGCCUACCUUCACAAGUCCGACAUCAUCCACCGCGACGUCAAGACCAACAACAUCUUGCUGGACAGCAAUUUCUCAGUCAAGGUCGCCGAUUUCGGGCUCUCGAGGCUCUUUCCGAUGGACAUGACCCACAUCUCCACGGCGCCACAGGGCACCCCGGGUUACGUGGAUCCGGAGUACCACCAAUGCUACCAACUUACGGAUAAGAGCGAUGUGUACAGCUUUGGAGUGGUGCUGAUCGAGCUGAUCUCCUCCAUGCCGGCCGUGGACAUAAGCCGGCAUAAGCACGAGAUCAACCUGGCGAGCCUGGCCGUGAAAAAGAUUCAGAAAUGUGCGUUCGACGAAUUGAUUGAUCCGGCGACGGGGUACAACUCCGACGCGGAGGUGACGAGGAUGACCAAGUCGGUGGCGGAGCUGGCGUUCCAGUGCCUGCAGCUGGAUAAGGAUAUGAGGCCGUCGAUGGAGGAGGUGGUGGCGUUCCUGCACGAUAUUCAGAGUGGUGGGGAUUGCGACAUCAAAGGUAAGAUACCGCCAUCGCCAGAAAUGGACGACGUGGUGCUGUUGAAGAGUAGGAUUUAUCAGGCGUCGCCCACGGCGGUGACGGAUACGUGGAUUAGUAGUGACUCAACUGCGGCGAGUUCUGUUUGCUGAUAUCUGUAUGUUGUUAGUGUGUAUAUAUAUAUUCUAUGUAUUCUUUGUUUGUUUAUCUUUUAUGCAUGUUUUUGUCAUCUAUUUUAUUCAAUUGGCAGCGGGAAUGUGCAUAUCGUGAAAGAGCUUUAUUUUGUGUA